GGUGGUGAGCGCAGACAAGGGGCUUCUCCCAAGGCUGUUUCGUGCUCUUAAUGUUUAUUGUAACAGCAGUCACAGAAAACCAGCAGCAGCUUAUUUGGCUAUUGUAGCUAACUUCUUAGUUCAAAAAAGACAAAAGAACACUGACAUCAAGAGGAAAGGAACCAGUAAAUGGAAAAAUCUACAUCAUGGUACUGUAGCUGAUCUAUACAGAGCUGCUAACAAAGAAUCCAAAUCACAAUAAAAUCAAGACGGAAAUACAAGUACUGUACUGGCUUUUUUUAAUAUAUCAAGUCGAUUGCCUGUAGCGUGGAGGAAAUUGUGCUCUUUUGCUAUUUUUUUAAGUAGUUAUUUUUAGCAUCAAUUUGAUGUUAAUUGGAGUUUGACUGGAGCUAAAGGGAUAUCAGAGCUUGUCAGUAUUUGCCUGCAUCUCCUUGGUCAGUGUUGUAUUUACUGAGAAUGAAGUUUAUCCUUGUGAUGUGAAUUAUACUUUCCCAUGAAGCCUCCGGCCAUCCUAUGAACCCAUGCUCACUUGUCUCAGAUGUUUUAAACCUUUUGAAUUGACUAAUAUUACAGCAGCUCGGAAUGGAUAAAUAUGUCUUGUCUCUUUUACAACUUUUCUUGUCUGUGGUUUGUGGUGGUUUACAACAUCCUGUGAUCAAGUGCAAUGAAACACUUCUGUUGGAGUAUUUGCCAUUUUGUGGAGAAGUGUUUGAAAGCAAGAUGAAGACUGUAGAUCCAAACCAGUGGUGCAACCUGACAAAAUUCAUCACGCAUUAUGGCAGCUUUUCCAAUUGUACAGAAAUGACUGCGAUGUAUGCUGGAUGCUUUUGGCCAAACACCUUGGCAGAGAGAUUCAUUACUGGAAUACAUAGACAAUUUUUUUCAAACUGCACUUCGGACACAGUCACAUGGGAAGAUCCCCCAGAUGACAUUCUCACAACUCUUAUUCUAGUUCCAGUUUUCUUGACAGCAGCAAUGAUCAGUCUAGUUGUUUGGUGCAGUAAAAGAGGUGACAUUUUUGGAUAAAAAAAAAAAAAAUUCCUUGGGACUUGGAAAGAACUAGAAUGAAGCUUCGAUGGAAGAAUAUUUAUCCUGAAACAAUAACUACUAAUAAAAUGUACAGUGUCAUUUU